UGUGGGCCACCCGUGACAUCAUAUGACAAACAAAGAGAAUUAUGACAUCAGCAGAUGAUUGCCUCACUACUGGUGCCAGAACUCAGUGGCCACAGUUGGUUGGCUAUCUCUAGCGCAAGGAAAGGCUGAUUGGAGUAUCUGCGGGGAAGUUUACUGGUUUACAGUCGAAAAUACUUCUGAUGUCCAGUCAGAAUGUGGGGAUGGACUCUGCCACCAAGAUGGUCCUACCUGUAGGGCAAAGGCCAGGAAGAGAGAACCAAUCUAAUUCUUCUGAGUCACAGGUGUAUAACAGAGAGAAUUUGUUGAGGCAAGGUGACCGAGUUGGGAUACAAGACGAAGCUGUCCAAGGGGGCCAACUUACAGCGAAUGAGGAAGGUAACACCAACCUCUUUCAACAGCCCUUCCCCAGGAAGCUCUGGACCAUCGUGCAGAACGAGACCUUCCAGUGUUUGAACUGGAGUGAAGACAGAGACAGCAUCACGAUUAAGGUAGACAUGUUUCAGAGAGAGGUCCUUCACCGCAGAGCUACAGGGAAGAUUUUUGAAACGAAAAUCCUUCAGAGUUUCAUUCGCCAGCUCUACCGGUAUGGGUUCAGAAAGAUUCGCCCAAAGGAUUCCUCACUCCUGUCGAGAGUGAGCAGAAAAAUGAUGGUCUACAGAACCUUCAACUUUCAGAGAGACAAACCAGAGCUCCUGAAGAUUAUUAGGAGGAAGAAAUGGGUGAGCAAGGCAACAUCUCCAGUCCCAAGUGCGGUUGAACAAGGGCAGGAUCCAAAGAAGGUGAAGCUUUUACCUCCCGGACUUUACCAAUGGUUCCAAAAGAGAGAGCACGAUGGCAUGAAGUCCCAGCAGCGGGGGCCCAACAACCAGACACCAGCAGGCAACCUUUCCACCCGGCUUUCUAGUACAUACAAUCAGAGCAACAUCCCUGAAAGUGUCCCAGACAACUGUCCACCUCAGCAGACAAGUGUCCCAUGUGGAGAGGGCACAUCGGAUAAUGCUACAGUCCCUCCUUUAGCUACGGGGCAUGUGCCCAGUAGCUCCUCACGGUACCUCAGGUAUGGCUAUAUGAUGUCAUUGUAUUUUCCCUGCUAUUCCAUCCUGAAAGCUGCCCUCUCUGCCAUAUCCCUAAGUCAGUCCACUGCAGAGGAAGGGGAGGAGGAGGAGGAAGAGGGAGAAGAUGAUGAGUGGGAGGACCAGGAGGAGGAGGAGGAGGAAGAAGAAGAAGAAGAAGAAGAAGAAGAAGAAGAAGAAGAAGAAGAAGAAGAAGAAGAAGAAGAAGAAGAAGAAGAAAACUCAGAAAACACUUGUAUAUUCUGUGUGCUGUUCAAAAACAAAACAACUUCAUAAAGUCACAGGCCACAGAAGACAGAAAAUUCAGAAAGUUUUUCCGAAAUGAACCAAGUUUUGUUUUUACUAAAUAAAAAUAGAUCUCGAGUUGGUAAAUAAACAUCUUAAAUUUGA